AUGAUGAUGAUGAUGAUGAUGAUGAUGAUGAUGAUGAUGAUGAUGAUGAUGAUGAUGCUGAUGAUGAUAGACUGCGCUAGUAUCGAAGAACGACCAUUGAUCUUGAGCUUGGCACGUCACCGGGGCGCCUCCCGUGCCGGACCGGUCUCGCGGAUACUUCAGGACCGGGGGGGUCCCCAUUGCCCACUCUCGUGUGUGCUUUUGCUUUUCGCGCUCGCCCAUGCUGUGCCCGGGCCGGGGGAGCUAGAUCUGAGACUUGCUUGACUUGGCUUUUGCGUGGUCCAUGUGCGACUAUGGACGUAUGAGUGUGUCGGGUCGGGAUGCGCCCCGGAAGACGAGAGGAAAAAGCAAAGGGGAUGAGUUGGAGAAGACUGGAUGGGCUCAGUGGCACGCACGCACGCGCGCAUGCAGAUGCAUGGGUUGGCUCUGCCUGGCUGGAGGCGCGAUAGCCGUCGAAGUCAGAAGCGCUACCGAACCAUGCCGUGGUCUCAGA